AUGACAGUACCCCGGCGGCACAAUGGGCAGAAAAUUGAAAGUUUUGAGAAAGCUGCUCAAAAGGUUGGAAGAGGAAUUCUUAGUGGACAGGAAAGUGCUAAUAAGCUGAAAAAGAGGGGGAAUAGAUAUGCAGAAUCGGAACAAAAUGAGCUGCCAGUCGUAAAUGGUCAACCGCCGUUGCCGCCACCAUCAUCACCAACUUCAACUCGAUCCCGGAUGACAAAAGGGAGGAUGGAUGAAAUAGUCGUCGAUAUUUACAUCGAACAAGAAGGUAGAGAUCAUGAAUGCUCUAUCUGUCUAUCUGAAUUCAAAGACCAAGAAUUGUUCAGGUGUCUUCCGGCAUGCAACCACGGAUUUCACUUCGAAUGCAUCAAAACAUGGUUGGAUAUUAGUCAAACCUGCCCAUUGUGCCGCCGGAGUACUGUCAUUGAACCAUGA